CAGUCGUAAAGGCAAGCUUCAGUCCAAAGUGUCUGUGCUGGUGCGUGAGGGGGUGAGCAGCACCACAGGGGCUUCGGUUGGCUCUGGAAAGUUGGGCAUGGACCUCCUAGGGCCAGGAGGUACAGGGGGGGGUUCUGGAGGCUCUGUGGUGGGUGGCUCCAUUGCAGUAGUCUUCUGCAGGGACAAUGAGAGCAGGUCUCCUUUCCUCAAACCUUGCUCAGAGCCGCUGUCACUGAGUGGCCGCAGUAAAGAGCUGGCCAUUGUUGGAAAGCGAAGCAGCCUGGUUGCACCGCCAUCCUCCUUAACCAGUCCUGUAGGACUGAAGUCUAAGAAAACAAAACCCAGCUCCAUCACAUCCAGCUCUUCUUCUGCCUCCUCCCCAUCAUCAUCUCUGGCAAACAAGCGACGCCGUCCCCUGGUCAAGAAGACGAGAGGGAAAGUUGGAGCUGCAGGAUUAACAGCUGGAGACGGCAGCAAAGCAAAAGCCAUGUCUGAGGGCUGGGGUGGAGCCUCCUUAGAUGUUCAGUCCGCAAUCGGAGAUGGGACCAAGUCAGUCAGUCCACAUACUGGCCAAGCUGGCCCUACACCCUCUUCCUCCUCCUCCUCCUCCUCCUCCUCCUCUUCCUCCUCCUCCUCCACCAGUGUGCUCCCACCCUCUUCCUCUCCACAACAAACGCCUCCACCCUCUAUGGCUCCUUCACGGGACACCAGGGAAUCUUCGCCAGACUCUCAGACUGUGGACAGCAGCUGUAAGACUCCAGACCCUUCUUUCUUAGCUGAAGACUGUCCAACUCAGACCAGCCCCACACUCCCGACAUCCAGUCCGUCCAGCCUGUCCACCCCCCAGGGACCUGGCCUCAGUAUCGCCUUGUCUACACCCACAGCCAAGCCUCCUCCUCCAGAUGAUCCACCCAAAUCUCUGGCCUCACCUCCUUGCUCGUCCUCUUCGGCAGGCUGUAGUCUCACUUCCCUUUCUUUGCCUCUGUCUUCAUCAGACCCCUCCUCCUCCUCCUCUGUAUCCUCCUCAUCUGCUAGUAAGCCACCCCCCCCCCCUCCUCUGGCAGGACCUGCUCUCCCAUGGAGUCUGCAAACUGGAGUGGACUGCACAACUGGAGGCGUCCUAGCACUAACUGCUCUGCUCUUCAAAAUGGAAGAGGCCAAUAUCGCCAGCAGAGCCAAAGCACAAGAGUUCAUUCAAGCAACCAGCCAGAUCCUCUCACAGGCCAAUCAGAUCCAGUCCAAGCAGCAUGCUCCUCCUUCCUCAGGCUCCUCCUCCUCACAAAUCCCUCCUCCUCCCUCUAUCCCUCCGCCUCCUGGUCUGAGCCCAGCCCAGUUCAUCCUCCACAGCUCCCUCCCAUUGGUUGGCUGCACCAAAACUCCACCCUCUCACCUGCACACCUCUUUAGGCGGUGGAUGUGCACAGACCCCGCCCUCCAUCAUGCCUGUGGGGCUGUCAGGAGUGACUGGGAGCUCCGGUGAAACUGGAUGGGACAAUGAAAGCAAAGACACUGAUAAGUACCUGAAGAAGCUGCACACCCAGGAACGGGCAGUGGAGGAGGUGAAACUUGCCAUCAAACCUUAUUAUCAGCGCAAAGACAUCAACAAGGAAGAAUACAAAGACAUCCUCAGGAAAGCUGUGCAUAAGAUCUGCCACAGCCGCACUGGAGAAAUCAACCCAGUCAAAGUCAGCAACCUUGUAAAACUGUACGUCCAGCGCUACAAAUACUUCCGGAAACAUGGACGCAAAAUGGAUGAGGAAGAGAGGGAUGACAGGGAGCCCGGUGUGAUGCAUUCCUCCGCCUGAUAAGAGACUUUUUAAAAAUGUUCCUCUGCAUCGCCUUCUGCUCAAGAUGUGAGCCAUCCACUGAUUGUUUUUGUCUGAUAUUUUUAUUGGUUUCAUGGCCCUUAUUGUUUAUGUUUUUAUGUGAUUUUAUGGAAGUCUCUGCCCUUAUCGCUGUGAUCUCACUGUAAAUAUGUCUCACGUUAAAAAUGUAUCACGUACACAAUGCUGAAGAAGGAGAUUCUACCAUGCACACCUGUGUGAUCUAAUACAGUACAGUACACCAACCCUGCAAUAAAUUCCACCUUUACGAAGUAUAUAGAUUUUAGUUUUUGUUGACAAUGGCCAUUAGACAUUUCACAGUGGUGGUAAUGAUUGCCCAUCCCCAUGUAUAUCAGAAUCCAAGCUGAGGCGAGAUGUAAUACUGAGUUGCACACAUUUAUAUUGUACCAUCCUGAAGGACACUAACAGGCCCACCCCCCAACCCCCUUUUUUUUUUCUCUCUGAGACUUUGCUGACAGUAUGCAAACUGGAGCUGUCAGUGAGUUGGGCAGCUGAACAAGCUGAACAAUGAUGGUUCAAACACAUUGACACAUCUCUCAGUUCUUUGAUUUUACUGUCUGUGUGCAUGUGUUACAGAGGUUGAGAAAGUUGCUAAAUCUCUUUAUAAAAUGAUUUGACCAACAAAAUAUAAAUGUUGCUUGAAAACCA